CUCUCUCUCUCUCUCUCUCUUCAUUUGAGGACCAAAAGGGAAACUGCCACUCUCUCGGCAACAGAAACAUGUCUGAAAUUGAACCCGCCAUGAAUAUGAAUUUGGUCUCCAGUUCAAGCUCCUGUUUAAUUCAUUGACGAGCAAAGAUGGGUGAUUCAGAUUCGGAAAACCCUAAACGAACAAGUACUGGAAGAAGAGAUCGAUAUCCCAGCCAGCAUCUUCAAUGUCCCCAAGAAGCUCUUGGCCGCAGACCCUUAUUCCUGUAUCCCUCAACACGUAGCCUUAGGCCCUUACCAUUACUGGCGGCCCGAGCUCUACGAGAUGCAGCGCCACAAACUCGCCGCCGCCAAACGAACCCAGAAACAGCAUCCUCAUCAUUUCAAAUUCCAGCAUUUUGUAGAUGAGUUGGCCAAGCUCGAGCCCCAAAUCAGACGUUGCUACAACAAGUACUUGGAUUUUAACGGCGAGACCUUGCCCUGGAUGAUGGCCGUCGACACCGCCUUCUCGCUGGAAUUCAUUCAAGCUCCUGCCGGAAGAAAGUCGGCGCACGAGGCCAUUCUCGGGGAUUUGGUGAUGCUCGAGAAUCAAAUUCCCAUGUUUUUACUCACAAGGUUGUUGAAGUUUUUUCAGCUUUCGCCGGCGCCUGAAUCGGCCAACAAGAAGCUUUUUUCCAUGUUGAUGGGAUUAUGUAAAGAGAUUUCGCCGUUUAAGACGGUUGAAAAAUUCCCAAAUUCCAAACUUGGGCAAUGCCCGCACUUACUGGACUUUUUGUACCACGCUAUCGUGCCUAAAUUACACAAGCCGCCGUCUGAGAUCUGUAUUGAAGUUGAUGAUCAACAAAGUGAAGCCAAAGAGAGCCAAAAAGAGGAAGAAGGCAACCAAUCUUUCGGGGAUUCAAAUCAGGUUAGACAACGGCUUGAUGAACUCUGGAAAAUGAUCCAGGAAUCAAGUCCAGGCCCACUAUAUGGAAUCAAAAGACUACUUCUUUCCGAGCCGGUUCAGGUUAUAUUGAAACUUCCAUGGACGAUAAUCUCAAAUCUUCCCGGAUUCAGGCUAUUGAAAACGCCAUUGGAGUACUUAUUCUUCUCCCAGAACACCAAACAAACCAACCAAGAAACCCAGACCUCAAUCUCCGAUGCCAACGUCGGCAAGCCGUUAGAGGAGAUCGACAUCUCUUCUGUCACAGAGCUGUCCAGAGCCGGCGUCCGAUUCUCCCCCAUGAACGGCUCCGUCAUGUCCAUCGCCUUCAACCCGCCGCUUCAGCCACGCUCUACCUCCCCGCCGUCCGGCUGGAGGCCAACGCGGAGGCCACUCUCAGAAACCUAGUGGCGAUCUCUUGAUUUAAUUGUAUGUUAUUUGGUUUGCUGCUUAAUUACCAAGAGAGAGGGGGUUGGUUCCAUUGUUUUUCAUGAAACGAGAUUAAUGUUCCAU